UUAACUUGUACAGAAUAUAAUUCACCAAGAGCAGAGUAGCAGUAAAAAUGUUUAAAGAAUUGACUGUCAUUUCCUUGGUUGUUGUAUCAAUACACGCGAAGACAAUGUGUAGACAAGAUUCAGAAUGUGCAUCAGAUGAAUGUUGUUACUAUCACGAAGGACCUAUGAUUGUCAGCAAGAGAGAUGUGUUGCCAUUUAAUUCCAUGCAUCAAGGUGGUUGGUGUGAGAAAUAUCUCGCUCAAGGAGCACGGUGUAAUCCUUUUUCCAAAGUGAACGGACACUGUAGCUGUGGAAGUGGUCUUAAAUGUACACGUUUUCCAUACACAACUACAUCAUCUGUCGUUAAAAGAGACCUUCUUCCCGGAGACUACCUCUGCGCACCAACUCCUUAAGCAGAAAUACAAAGAUACUAGUACUGUAAUUGGUUAUUUCAUUUCGCUAAUCUUUUACUUUUAACUUUUAAAAAUAUAGUAAAAGUUUCACAAUUUUUCAACGCAACUGCAAAGACAUAGAAGUUACUAGCUAUAGGUCACCGUACGACGUCUUUCUGUGGAACAUAAUGGAUGUACACCAUUGACUAUAUUCACCAGCAGAUAGAAGCACUGUAAAACUCAAAAUAUUUGUGUUGCAAAGACAAUACCUUCAGCAAAUUAUCACAUUUUUGGCACCACUUUGGUGUUUAUGUAUUUAUUUCAAAAUAAUUAAAGUAGCUGGGGUGUCUUCCUCCA